UAACUGACUGUCAAUGUCAUGCUGUGUGUGUUCUUAUGAACCGCAACGCACGUGUUUUAUUGGGAAAAAUAUAGUUUAAAUGUGUUUUACUACGAUAUAACUCAAAAUGAAGCAUAAAAGAUUUGAGGAGAAUAUAUUAGUUGACGAGGCAUACACAAAUUACGGAACAGAGGAUAAAAAUGCCGACCAUAAAAAGGGAACUGGUAUCGCGAAGAAUUUUGCUGAAAGUCUCGAAUAUGGGGAGAAAAAGAAGUGGUACCAGCAGAUGCCAGAGGAACCAGCUACAAUAACUAAGACAUUAAGUCAGGAUAAGAUAGAGGAGAUGCGGAAAGAGGCAAACAGUGCUUUACAUGGCGACACUUUAGCGUAUGAAACUAAAUCAAGCAGAAAUGGUUCAUCGGACCACCAGUGGGCCCGCACUUUACUGAACAAAGGAGCCAUCGGAGACAGAGUCGCAGCAGCUACUAUUUUAAUUCAGGACAACCCUAUUUACAACAUGACAGCGCUAAGGAACUUAGUGAAUAAUGUGAAACCAGCCAAGAAGAAAGAUGGGCUUGUCAUUAUUGAUGCCCUCUCUGAGCUCCUGAUCACAGAUCUACUAAUCCCAGACGUGAAACUUCGCACAUUUGAGCAACAUGCCUUAGGACAUGUUGACGAAAUGACCUCAGGCAACAAGCAGGCUCGCCGGAAUAUUCUCAAGCUCUGGUUUUAUGAAGACCAACUUAAAGAGCUCUAUGGAACGUAUGUGGAGGCCUUGAACAAGUUCGCUCACGACUCCGUGGAGGCCAACAAGGAAAAAGCUGUCAGCUCCAUGUCCUAUCUGCUCAUGCAUCAUCCUGAACGAGAAAAGAUGCUGUUAACGAGUAUUAUAAACAAGCUCGGAGACCCAGCGCAGUCAGUAGCCUCGAAGGUCAUCUACCAUCUCUGCCAGUUGCUGUACAACCAUCCCAACAUGAAGGCUGUUGUGUUGGCCGAUAUUGAGAAGAUGCUUUUCAGAACGAACAUAUCUCCGCGAGCGCAGUACUACGGCAUUUGUUUCCUGAAUCAGUUCUUCUUGGGCAAAGACGACGCGAGGAUAGCGGAGAACCUUAUCAGGAUAUAUUUCUCGUUCUUCAAGGCUUCUAUCAAGAAAGGCGACAUCGACUCUCGCCUGAUGUCAGCCAUUUUGACCGGCGUGAAGCGCGCCUACCCGUUCGCGGACAAGGCACGACUGGCCGAAACUCCCGCGCACAUCGACGCUAUACACAAACUGGUGCAUUUAGCUACAGUUAAUAUUGCUAUUCAUGCGUUAGCGCUGCUGUUUCAUAUUAGUGAUGCUUCUAAAGGAACUUCUGACAGAUACUACACAUCCCUAUACCGCAAGCUGACCAGCCCUGACAUAUUCACCACGUCCCAUUCGGCGUUGCUCUUCUCGCUCAUAUACAAGUCGUUGAAGCAGGACAACAACGUGCCACGAGUGACGGCCAUUAUAAAAAGAUUGUUGCAGUUGUGUUGCCAGAUGACGCCAGCACAGGCUUGCGGUAUGCUUUUCCUGGUGUCGCAAGUGUUGAAGGAUGGCGCGAAGAAAGAGGCGGCCAGGCUGGUGUGGACUGAAAGAGAAAUUAAAGAGCAACCAAAGGAAGAACCUGAAGAGUUAAAUGAAACAGAUACAGAAGAGAACGAGACAGCAGACAGCGUAGAGAAGACAGAAGAACAAGUGGAGCAGAAGAAAAUAGACCUGCUCAAGGGGGAUAAGAAGGAUUUGCUUAUGGACGACGACGAUGAAACGUAUGUGGACCUCAAGGUAGAUGACCAGGGCAACAUAAAACCGAAGAAACGUAAACCAACCGCCGCCGUCGCUGGAUGGUACCACGCCAGACUCAAAAACGAGGAUAUACAGGAUAAACAGGAUACGGGGGAUAAGGAAGUGGCUGCUAAGAUACAGUUGAAGAAGACUAUUAAUAGUGAAAAGGAAAUAACGGAAUACAAUCCCUACGCACGCAAUCCAGCGUUCGCGGGCGCGGAUAGAAGCGCGUAUUUCGAGUUACUACCGCUAUAUAAUCAUUUCCAUCCUUCAGUGAAGAUGUUUGCUGAAAAACUGUUACACGAGCAAAUAAUCCAGUACAGCGGAGACCCACUGAAGGACUUUUCUGGGAUCCGCUUCCUGGAUCGCUUCGUGUUCAAGAACCCGAAGAAACGGGAGGACGAGCAGCGCGGGGACGUCAAAAGGGUCAAGGGGUCGCAUCCCAAGUUCGCUGUUAGGAAGAAUUAUACCGCCAAAGGAUUGAAGAGUCUCCCAGUGAAUUCAUCGUCCUACCUGAACGAGGACGCCAGUAAAAUACCAGUAGACGAAAGAUUCCUUUAUGAUUUCCUCCAAAAACGUCGCGACGCAGAUGAAUCAGAUUCCGAUAGUGAUGCUGACUCCGUCACCAGUGAGGACUUCGAGAAAUAUCUCGACUCGGUCACAGGCACCCGAGCUACUGCCGACGUCGACGAGGAAGAGCUAGACUUCUUGGCGGAAUUGGAAACCACGAAGCAGAAACGGCCAAAGAAGAAGGGAGAAGAUGAUGACAAGCUUGGCAGCGAUGAUGAUGAUGAUGAUGAAGAUGUGGAAGACGUGCCCGAGGGCGGGGAUGAUAGUGGAGAUAGUGAAGACGGUGAGCUGAAUAUAUCUGGAGACGAGGAUGAACCCGUACUCUCAGGCGAAGAAGAUGAAUUACUUUUAGAAGACAGCGAUGAAGACGACAAGAUUGGCGUACCUGGCGAAAAGUCUAAAAAGAACAAGAUGAAACUGAAACUCAAAGGUAAAGAUGACCUUGGUUCCCUGUUUGCAUCAGCAGAAGAAUUCUCGAGCCUUCUAGAAGAGACAGCUGCAAACAAGAAACAGGGCUCCAGUCAAGCCGUAGCCAACACAGACAAUUCCAGCAUGAAACAACUCGCAUGGGAAGACAAGAGGAAUCAAUGGAUGAAGGGCUAUAACAGAAAAGUCCACGGCGCUAAAAACAAAAAGUUCAGCAAGAACAAACAAAAUGGCCGGCCCAAUAAAAUGGCAGACAAAAAAGGCGGGAAAAGAAAAGGCGACAACUUCGGUGGCGUCGGCGGCAAGAAAAAAAAGUUCAAAUGA